AUGGCUCAAAUCAACGGAUCCAAGAUCCUUGAUCACAAGAGCGCCCUCGAGGUGCUCAAGGAGUACAAGACCCUCGAUGGCCUCGAUCUCCAUGAGCUCAUGGACACGGUCAAGCACGGCGGUCUCACCUACAAUGACUUCCUCGUCCUCCCGGGCUACAUUGGCUUCCCCGCCUCCGAGGUCUCCCUCGACUCCCACGUCACCAAGCGCAUCACCCUCAAGACUCCCUUCGUCUCGUCCCCCAUGGACACCGUCACCGAGCACGAGAUGGCCAUCCACAUGGCUCUUCAGGGUGGCCUCGGUGUCAUUCACCACAACUGCUCCCCCGAUGAGCAGGCCGACAUGGUCCGCAAGGUGAAGCGUUAUGAGAACGGCUUCAUCCUCGACCCCGUCGUUAUUACUCGCAGCACCACUGUUGGUGAAGCCAAGGCCCUCAAGGAGAAAUGGGGCUUUGGUGGCUUCCCCGUUACUGAGGACGGAAAGCUCGGCUCCAAGCUUCUCGGAAUUGUCACCAACCGCGACCUCCAAUUCGAGGACGAUAAUGACGCCACCGUUGCCGAUGUCAUGGUUACGGACCUUGUCACCGCUCCGGAUGGUGUCACCCUCGCCGAGGCCAACAAGAUUCUUGCAAAGUCCAAGAAGGGCAAGCUUCCCAUUGUUGACAAGGCUCAGAACCUUGUCUCGAUGAUCUCGCGCUCCGACUUGACCAAGAACCAGCACUUCCCCCUCGCCUCCAAGCUUCCCGACAGCAAGCAGCUUCUCUGCGCUGCUGCCAUUGGCACUCGUCCCGAGGACAAGACCCGCCUGAAGAAGCUCGUCGACGCUGGCCUCGACGUCGUCAUUCUUGACAGCUCUCAGGGUAACUCCAUGUACCAGGUUGACAUGAUCAAGUGGUGCAAGAACGAGUUCCCUGGCCUCGACGUCAUUGGUGGCAAUGUCGUCACCCGUGAACAGGCUGCGGCUCUCAUUCAGGCCGGCGUCGAUGGUCUCCGUAUCGGCAUGGGCAGUGGCUCUGCCUGCAUCACUCAGGAGGUCAUGGCUGUUGGCCGCCCCCAGGCCGCCGCCGUGUACGCCGUCAGCGCAUUUGCUGCCCGCUUCGGCGUUCCUUGCAUCGCCGAUGGUGGUGUUCAGAACGUUGGCCACAUUGUCAAGGGUCUUGCCCUUGGCGCUUCCACUGUCAUGAUGGGUGGUCUUCUCGCCGGUACCACCGAGUCGCCUGGCACCUCCUUCGUUUCCCGAGAGGGCAAGCUGGUAAAGGCUUAUCGUGGCAUGGGCUCCAUUGAUGCCAUGCAGGACAAGAAGGCCGGCAGUGGUGGCAAGGACAGCCAGAAGAGCAACGCUGGUACCGCCCGCUACUUCUCCGAGGGUGACAGUGUCCUCGUUGCCCAGGGUGUCUCCGGUGCUGUCGCUCACCGAGGAUCAAUCAACAAGUUCAUUCCGUACCUCGCUGCUGGUCUCAAGCACUCUAUGCAGGACUGCGGCAUGCGCAGCCUGGAGGAGCUCCACACCUGUGCUAGCAACAGCACUCUGCGCUUCGAGAUCCGCACUGCCAGCGCCCAGCUCGAGGGCAACGUUAACAUGGAGUCUUAUGAGAAGAAGCUCUUUGCUUAA